CUCAUUCUUUUCUUUGUUUAAUAUUUCACUAAAACAUUAUGUGCCACAUAUUUUCAGUAUACGAUGAUGUGAACAUUAAGCCGAAACGAAGAAGAAGAUUCCUUUUUUUUUUUGGGUAUAAUUUUCUUCUUCGUUGACUCCUUAUAUUAGAUAUUUUUUUCAUCUCAAUCACCGAAUCUGUAAGAAAAAACCAAAGGUCCCAUGUCCAUAAAAGAAAAUCUCUAAACUAAAAAUUUCAACAAAGAGUAUCUCUCCUUAUCUAAUUAUUUAUUUCGCUCUCACCCAUGGGCACUCAAAGAUCCAUGGUCUCAGUCUCAUCCUUGUUGAAGCUUUUCGUGUUUUUCAGCGUCCAUGUUCGAGCUCAGAGAACAACAACAACAACAACAACAACAACAACAGAGUUUACUUUCCGAGGUUUUAGCGGAAACCAAUCAGAGAUUCAGAUGGAAGGAGCCGCGAUGAUCAAACCCAACGGUCUGUUGAGACUCACUGACCGAAAGUCAAACGUUACCGGUACAGCUUUCUACCACAAACCGGUGAGAUUGCUGGAGACUAGUACAAGAAGUUCCACAAACGUCAUGGUUCGUUCCUUCAGCACUUCUUUCGUCUUUGUCAUAAUCCCUUCAAGCCCAAGCAACAAAGGCUUCGGAUUCACAUUCACACUAUCUCCAACGCCUUAUCGUCCCAAUGCUGGAUCCGCACAGUAUUUGGGAGUUCUCAACAAAGAGAACGAUAGGGAUCCUAGGAAUCACGUCUUCGCAGUGGAGUUCGACACGGUGCAAGGAUCCAGAGACGAUAACACUGACAGAAUAGGAAACGACAUCGGUCUGAACUACAACAGUCGUACUUCGGACAUCCAAGAGCCGGUCGUGUAUUACAACAAUGACGAUCCUAACAAGAAAGAAGAUUUCCAGCUAGAGAGUGGCAACCCGAUUCAAGCACUUCUGGAGUACGACGGACCAACACAAACACUAAACGUCACCGUUUAUCCGGCGAGAUUGGGGUUUAAACCCACAAAGCCUUUGAUCUCUCGACAGGUUCCAAAACUGUUGGAGAUUGUGCAACAAGAAAUGUAUGUGGGAUUCACGGCAGCGACGGGGAGAGAUCAGUCGAGUGCUCACUACGUGAUGGGUUGGAGUUUCUCAAGCGGCGGCGGAGGAGAUCGUCCAAUGGCAGAUGUGCUUAACCUCUCGGAGCUUCCUCCUCCGCCGCCGAAUACGGCCAAGAAGAGAGGCUUCAAUUCUCAGGUCAUCGUUCUGAUCGUGGCGUUAUCAGCCGUUAUGCUGGUCAUGCUUGUGUUACUCUUCUUCUUCGUCAUGUACAAGAAGAGAUUGGGACAAGAAGAAAUGCUAGAAGACUGGGAAAUCGAUCAUCCUCGCAGAUUGAGGUACAGAGAUCUCUACGCUGCCACUGAUGGUUUCAAGGAGAAUAGGAUUAUCGGAACCGGAGGAUUCGGAACCGUUUUCAAAGGAAAGCUCCCAAACUCAGAUCCCAUCGCAGUGAAGAAGAUAAUCCCAAGUAGCAUGCAAGGUGUUCGAGAAUUCGUCGCAGAGAUCGAGAGUUUGGGGAGACUAAGGCAUAAGAAUCUAGUGAAUCUCCAGGGAUGGUGCAAACACAAGAGCGAUCUCUUGCUAAUUUACGAUUACAUCCCCAACGGAAGCUUGGACUCGUUGCUCUACACGGUACCGAGACGAAGCGGCGCCGUUUUGUCGUGGAACGUGCGUUUUCAAAUCACCAAAGGAAUCGCGUCUGGUUUGUUGUAUCUUCACGAAGAAUGGCAGAAGAUCGUGAUUCAUAGAGACGUGAAACCUAGCAAUGUCCUGAUUGACUCCAGCAUGAACCCUAGGUUGGGUGAUUUCGGGCUCGCGAGGCUCUACGAACGCGGAACUAUAUCAUCGCAAACGACAGCGCUAGUUGGAACCAUUGGGUAUCUGGCGCCGGAGCUAUCCCGCAACGGCAAACCAUCAACCGCGUCUGAUGUUUUCGCGUUCGGCGUUUUGCUGUUAGAGAUCGUCUCCGGGAGAAAACCAACGGAUUCCGGUAGCUUCUUCUUGGUCGAUUGGGUUAUGGAGCUGCACGCGAGCGGUGAGAUUCUAAGCGCAAUCGAUCCGAGGCUUGGAUCUGGUUACGAUGGGGGAGAAGCAAAGCUUGCUCUCGCCGUCGGAUUGCUGUGUUGCCACCAAAACCCGGAGUCUCGGCCGUCGAUGAGAAUGGUACUUAGGUAUCUAAACGGAGAUGAGAAUGUUCCUGAGAUUGAGGAUGAUUGGGGAUAUUCGAAUCCUUCAAGGAACGAAUUCGGAUCCAAGUUUGUAGGAUUUGUUUCGUCGAGCCCUGUCGCUUCUUCUUCUUCCUUGGCCACCAGAGUUUCUUCAAUUUCUCGCAUCAGUGGCACUGGAUAGGGCGGCGCGGCGCAUUGUAAUUUUCUUUUCCGUUGUAAGCAAUGCAAUAUUGAAUAUUCUGAUAAUCAGUUUUUUUUUUAGGAUAAGUGAUUAUCAUUUAUCACUGGUUUAGCAAUUUAUUAGUAAAUAGACACCGCCAGUUUUGUUUUUCUUUUUUAUAUAUCCGGAUUAUGCAGCAUGUCCAUUUUGAUCGUUGAACCAACCAGUUAGUUCUAUAUUCAAUUCAUUAAUAAUUUAAUA